CGCGGGAGCUCGGGAGGCCGGGGACGGGCGGGGCUGGCAGCGGGGGGCGCAGGCCGGGCCGGAGCUGAGGGGAGCACCGUGCUCUGGGCCCGACCCACCCCGCAGCAGUGGGGUUCGGGGCUCCCAGCCCCCCCCCCCCCCCCCCCCCCCCCCCCGCUGCCAUUUUCCUUCUCCAGCCGGAGCGGAGAUGCCGCUCGCCCGCAGCCGCCUGGGGCUCCUGCUCCUCGGGGCGCUCCUCACCUUCCUCCUCUACCUUCUGCUCCCGGCUGCCCAGCGCGAUCGGCGCACGGCGGGCACCCGGUGGGCGCCCAACGGCACCGCACAAACGGGGAUGGCUGCAGGGGAGCCCCCCGUCUUCUACAGGGAGGUUUCGGCAGGACCCCGGCCCGGCGGUGCUGCCAGCCCCGGGAGGCCUGAUGUCCUGUUCCUGCACGGCCAGGCGUUCACCUCCAAGACCUGGGAGGCCUUGGGCACGCUGGCGCUGCUCGCCGGAGAAGGCUACCGCGCGGUUGCCAUAGAUCUGCCUGGCUAUGGGGAUUCGCCCUCGGCAGAGACAGUGGCCACGGCGCAGGGCCGAGUGGCUUUCCUGGACCGUGUCCUCCAGGAGCUGGGCUUGCGGAGGCCCGUUCUCGUCAGCCCCUCCAUGAGCGGCCGCUUUGCCCUGCCUUUCCUCCUGGCGCGGGGGGACUGGCUGGCCGGCUUUGUGCCCAUUGCGCCCGUGGGCACCAAGGACUACGCUGCUGAGCAGUACCGGCGGGUCCAGACACCCACCCUGAUCCUGUACGGUGACCGUGACACGAGGCUGGGUGCACAGGCCCUGCAGAGCCUCCGGCACCUCCCCGAGCACCGCCUGGCCGUGGUGUCCGGCGCCGGCCAUGCCUGCUACCUGGACAAACCAGAGGACUUCCACCAGGCCUUGCUGGGCUUCCUGCACCAGCUGAAGUGAGCGCCACCUCGUCCCCCGCCAAGCAGAGGAUGGGGGUGCUGGGGCUGGGGGAAGCACGGGGUGGCUGACGUGAGGGGUGCUUUUCUCUUUUGGGGUGUCUCCAGGGUGGUGGUGGGGACGACACACUGAGGGUGUCCCUUGCUGGCAGGACAGGGUGCUUUCCGUCACAAGGCCAAUAAACUGAUGCUGCUCUGC